AUGGAUCAGGAGAAGCUUAAGCGCAUGCAGGCGCAGGUGCGAAUUGGCACACCGAGAAGAAAGACGAAGAAGGUCCACAAGAGCUCCGGAACCGACGACAAGAAGCUGCAGACGUCGCUGAAGAAGCUGAACGUGCAACCGAUCCAGGCGAUCGAGGAGGUGAACAUGUUCAAGGAGGAUGGAAACGUGAUACAUUUCGCAGCACCAAAGGUGCACGCCUCCGUCCCCUCCAACACUUUCGCUAUCUACGGCAACGGCGAGGAUAAGGAAUUGACGGAACUUGUCCCCGGCAUCCUGAACCAACUUGGCCCAGACUCGCUCGCCUCGUUGCGCCGACUUGCCGAGUCGUACCAGAGCCUGCAGAAGAAGGAAGGAGGUGAGAAGAAGGAGGGCGAGGAUGACGAUGACGAGAUCCCGGAUCUGGUUGAAGGCGAGAACUUCGAGGGCAAGGUCGAAUAA